CUACUGUGUAUCUCACAGGUCUUUCAAAGUUGGUACCUAAGAAGAUGAUAAUCAUACAAAUGUUUCGCUUCUACACAAUCAGACUGGGACUUCUCUUCCUGAUUAAUUUUCUUCCUGGAACUGCAGGCCAGGGAGAAUCAAGACGUCAAGAACCCGGGGACUUUGUGAAGCAAGACAUUGGCGGACUCUCUCCCAAGCAUGCCCCAGAUAUUCCUGAUGACAGCACUGACAACAUCACUAUCUUCACCAGAAUCUUGGAUCGCCUUCUGGAUGGCUAUGACAACAGACUGCGACCAGGGCUUGGAGAUACAGUGACUGAAGUGAAGACUGACAUCUAUGUGACCAGUUUUGGCCCCGUGUCAGACACAGACAUGGAGUAUACCAUUGAUGUAUUUUUUCGUCAGACAUGGCAUGAUGAAAGACUGAAAUUUGAUGGACCCAUGAAGAUACUUCCACUCAACAAUCUCCUGGCUAGCAAAAUCUGGACUCCAGACACCUUCUUUCACAAUGGCAAGAAAUCGGUGGCUCAUAAUAUGACCACACCUAAUAAGCUUCUCAGACUUGUGGACAACGGGACUCUCCUCUACACAAUGAGGUUGACAAUACAUGCCGAGUGUCCAAUGCAUUUGGAGGAUUUUCCCAUGGAUGUGCAUGCCUGCCCACUGAAGUUUGGAAGCUAUGCCUAUACAACAGCUGAAGUGCUUUACUCUUGGACUCUUGGAAAGAAUAAGUCUGUGGAAGUGGCACAGGAUGGCUCUCGCCUGAAUCAGUAUGACCUGUUGGGCCACGUUGUUGGGACAGAGAUAAUCCGGUCCAGUACAGGAGAAUAUGUCGUCAUGACAACUCACUUUCAUCUGAAGCGAAAAAUUGGCUACUUUGUGAUCCAGACCUAUUUGCCAUGCAUCAUGACUGUCAUUCUUUCACAAGUAUCUUUCUGGCUCAACCGAGAAUCUGUCCCUGCCCGCACGGUCUUUGGUGUCACCACUGUUCUUACCAUGACCACCCUGAGUAUCAGUGCCAGAAACUCCUUACCUAAAGUGGCAUAUGCGACGGCCAUGGACUGGUUCAUAGCCGUCUGUUAUGCCUUUGUGUUUUCUGCGCUGAUUGAAUUUGCCACUGUGAACUACUUCACUAAGAGGAGCUGGGCUUGGGAAGGCAAGAAGGCGCCAGAGGCCCUGGAGAUGAAGAAGAAAACACCCGCAGCCCCAACAAAGAAAACGAGCACUGCUUUCAACAUCGUGGGGACCACCUAUCCCAUCAACCUGGCCAAGGACACGGAAUUCUCUACCAUCUCCAAGGGAGCCACUCCCAGUGCCUCCUCCACGCCAACUAUCAUCGCCUCCCCCAAGGCCACGUAUGUGCAGGACAGCCCAACGGAGACUAAGACCUACAACAGUGUCAGCAAGGUUGACAAAAUUUCCCGCAUCAUCUUCCCUGUGCUCUUUGCCAUAUUCAAUCUGGUCUAUUGGGCCACCUAUGUAAACCGGGAGUCAGCUAUCAAGGGCAUGAUCCGCAAGCAGUAGGUUGUAAUGGCAGUGCUGUAUACCCCAUGACGCAUCCAGGCUCCCAAACCCCAGAGCUCC